AUGUCGUCCACGCCGCCUCUCACCACGCCGUUGACGCAGUUGCUGGGUAUCAAAUACCCCAUCAUGCUCGCUGGCAUGGCACGAACCUCUGGCGGUCCGCUCGCCGCGGCAGUGUCCAACGCCGGCGGCAUUGGAACGAUAGGCGGUCUAGGAUAUACACCAAAGCAACUACAAGAGAUCAUAGACGAACUGAAGGCUAAUCUGAACGAUCCCUCGCUUCCGUUCGGCGUGGACCUGGCUCUUCCUCAGGUGGGCGGCAACGCCCGUAAGACGAACCACGACUACACCCACGGCCAACUGGACGAGCUGAUCGAAGUGACCAUCCGCAGUGGCGCAAAGAUCUUCGUGUCGGCCGUCGGCGUCCCGCCGGCCAGGACGAUAAAACGCUUGCACGAGGCUAAUAUCCUGAUCAUGAAUAUGGUGGGGGCGCCGAAGCACGCCGAGAAGGCGCUCAAGGCGGGCGUGGACAUUGUUUGCGCCCAGGGCACCGAGGGCGGCGGGCACACGGGCGACAUUGCCAACAGCAUCCUCAUCCCCGCGGUGUGCGACGUGGCCAAGAGAUACAAGUCGCCUCUGACGGGAGAGCCCGCGCUCGUGGUCGCGGCCGGUGGAAUUUAUGACGGGCGCAGUCUGGCGAGCAGCCUCAUGCAGGGCGCCGUCGGGGUCUGGGUCGGCACGAGGUUCGUCGCGGCCGAGGAGAGCGGCGCGAGCAGAUUGCACAAGGAAGCCGUCGUCAGUGCCGACUUCACAGACACCCUGCGCACGCUCGUCGUGAGCGGCCGGCCUCUGCGGUGUAGGAUGAACGACUAUGUCAAGAAGUGGGAGGACCAACCCGAGAGAAUCAAAGAGUUGACGGACAAGGGUAUCGUGCCCAUGCAGUAUGAUCUGGAACAAGAGAACGAGAUUGACAUGCCGUUCCUAAUGGGCCAGGUCGCCGCCAUCAUCAAGGAUGUCAAGCCGGCCAGAGCCAUCGUCGAGGAAAUGGUAUCCCAGGCUGUAGACAUGCUGAGGUUAGGAAGCUCAUAUAUCGGCGGCCCGAGAAGUAGAUUAUAG